UAAAAGAGAAAGCCUAAAUCUCUCUAAUUCACCAAAAAUCACUCAAACGAAGGCCUCAUCUCAAUCCAUGGACGUUGGAGCGUCACUCGAAGGAGGUUUCAUGGUGAACAUAUCCAGGAAAAGUAUCGUGAAAUCCAUCACCCCAUUGGAAGAUCCUCCUCAAGUUCUCGCUCUCUCCAACCUCGACCUUCUCUCUGGGCGGUUUCCGGUGACCUACUUCUACUUUUACCGGAAACCGGCAAGUGAUGAAGAUAACGUCACCUCCAUUGUGGAAGCCCUCAAGAGCUCUUUAGCAGUUACUCUAACUUACUUCUACCCGUUCGCUGGUCGGAUAGUCCUGAACCCGAGCACCGGCGAACUGGAAAUCGUGUGUGACAAUACGGGAGUAUUGGUUCUUGAAGCUGAUGCGAGUAGAGAGUUAAAGAAGUUGGAUUUCCACGAUUUCAAUCAGUUCAUGCAAGGGAAGCUCGUUCACAUUCAACCCGACUUCCCGGUUCAAAUCCAGCUAACGAGGUACAGCUGCGGAAGCAUUUCGUUGACGUUCAGCUUCGAUCAUGCCCUCGGCGACGCGAGCGCAUUCCACAAAUUUCUUCUCUCGUGGUCUGAAAUUUCGAGGGACAUACCGAUUUCAUGUAGACCGAAUCAUAGUCGCAACCUUCGCGCACGUACUCCUCCAACGUACCACUCUUCACUAGACCAAGCUUUCACAAAGUGCACCUUGGAAGACAUACUAAACAUUCCAACGCCCAAAACUUUGCUCAAGCGGCUUUAUCAUGUGGAGUAUGAGAGCAUUAGUAACUUGCAGGAGCUUGCUUCGUUGGACGGUCGGAGCCGGACGAAGAUCGAGGCCUUCUCGGCUUAUCUAUGGAAAUUGAUGGUCCGUGCAAUCGAUGUCAAGCUUCAUGCGCAGUGCAAGAUGGGAUGGUUGGUCGACGGAAGAGGAAGGAUGGGCAACGGAGAGUCCGACCCGUCGCCGGAUUACAUAGGAAAUGUGUUGUCCUUGGCUGUCGGAGAGGCAAGUAUUGAAGACUUGAAGAAUGGGACUAUAGCAGAUGUUUCAAGCAAGGUUCAUGAGGCAAUUUCUAAGGUCACAACUCGAAGCCAUUUUCAGGAUUUGAUUGAUUGGAUCGAAUGCCAUAGGCCCGGGCUGAUGCUAUCUAGGGCCGUGCUUGGUCAAGGAGGGCCGACGCUUGUGGUCUCUUCCGGCCGGAGAUUCCCGGUAGCGGAACUGGAUUUCGGAUUCGGUAGGCCGGUGCUAGGGACGGUGUGUUCCACCAUAGAAAAGAUCGGAGUUGGUUAUGUGAAUCAGAGGUCGAGCGCUAGAGGCGACGGUUCUUGGGCUGUGUCGGCUAUCCUAUGGCCGGAGCUAGCGGCCGCUUUCGAAUCGGAUCCCAUUCUUCAACCCAUGUCUACAAGAUAUCUUCAACUGUAGCGUUCGUGUACAUCAUGAUUUGCGUUAGCUCGAUCUAUCGUAACUACUAUUGGUUAGGAAGUGCCUCUACGACGCAGUGUGUGUAACUACUAUAAAAUCCAUAUGUAGAUUGUAUGUUGUGCCAAAUAGACGUCACGUAAGCAACUCAAAUUAGAACUGCUGCCUUUUCUUUGUCCUAAAAUGAUAUGAAAUUGUGGAAGUAUAUGAAAAAUGGAGAAAAUUUUGAAUUUA